GCACGUGUGACAGUAGAGGAACCGAACAACGUCCGAACAUGCUCAAGAUUUUUCCUGUUCUUUCCCACCACCAUCCUCCCGCUCACAAGCACCUCUGUCAUUUCCCGGCAUAACCCUCGACUGUCCCUUCUCCAUGUUCUCCACCAUGAUUCCCGCUCUUACCCUUGCCCUCGCACUGACCUCCCAAGUCAAUGCACUCUCCAACCUUCAAGCGCCGUCGGGUGCGACUGUCAACCGUAACAUGACCGUCACCUGGUCGUCCGACUCGUCCGACUCGGGCACCUUCACACUGGCGCUGUUCAGUGCCGCGAUCAACCAGACUUAUACUGGUGGCCUUGCCCUCGCCAACACGGUGGAACCUUCUAAGAACCAGGUCACUGUUCUAUUUCCGCCAUUCGAUCCCGGAUCGUACUCCCUCGCCGUGAUCUCCUCCUCCAACUCUUCGGAUGUACUCGCUACUUCGGGUCAAUUCACGGUCAAUCCGGCGCCCUCUGGAUCGCAGAAAUUGUCUCCGACGGCUGCUGCUUCCUCCGUGGCCAGUGCUAUUUCGAGCAUAGCGUCUAGCAUUAGUUCAUCGAUCGUCAGCGCCAGUGCCUCAGCCUCAGCCAACCCUAGUCCGAGUGCGGCUGCCAAAUCUGAUGCGACCCGAACCUCUGUUUUCUCCCUGGGUGCUGUGGUCGCUGCUGUCCUCAUCCAGGCUCUGGCGGCGUGAAAGGCUUUCGGCACGCGUUCUGUCUAUCUUCUCAGGUCAUGCUCAGCCUCUUCUGUAACCCGUCGCAGUUCAAUAUUUUGAAACCGUGUUCUCUCGCUUUCAUACGUACCACUCUCUUGUUGUGUUUCUUGAUUUUCUCAUACGUACUUCUCUGUUGUCUGUACAGCCCGUUCAUGUACACGCGAAAGGUAUCCGUAGAGUUGUCAAAAGAUGUCUUUUGGACCAUUGUCACCUUUUGUCGAGCUCGCGAAGUUGAACCUUGUAUUUUUAGCAGGGGGCCUGCAACAAUUCGAUUGUACUCCUUA